CGCACACCUUUGGGUUUCAGACUUACGAUUCCUAGAGCUAGGACUCUUUAUCAAAACCCUGUCGAGGUAUACGCCUAAAUGACCCUUAAAAUUUUAACUUUUGGUGGUUUCUAGUAACUCGUUGAAAGUUUGUCAGUGUAUUUGAGGCCUGGACAAACUGACAAUCCGAUGUAUUUGACAUGGCUACAGUUCCUCGCGCUUCUGGGUUUAUUCGGUGUGCUGCGAGUCGGUGGGAUGGAGGUUUUCACGUCCAAUGAGGUGGAGGCGGUGAACGGGACAGAAGUGAGACUGAAGUGCACCUUUAAGUCCAAACACCCAGUGUCCCACUCCUCUGUGGCUGUCUCCUGGAACUUCCGUCCCCUUGGCCAGGGAGCUGAGGAGUCGGUGUUUUACUACCAGGAGACGGCGUACCCCCCUACAGAGGGGCGGUUUAAGGGCCAUGCGACCUGGUCAGGGGACAUCCUGAGACAGGAUGCCUCCAUCAGCCUGCAUGAAGUCCCCUUCACCUUCAACGGCACCUACACCUGCCAGGUCCGCAACCUGCCCGACGUCCACGGCAUCAAUGGAGAGGUCACCCUCAGGGUUGUCCAGAAAGUCUCCAUCUCUGAGAUAGGCAUCCUGGCUGCAGCCAUCGGGGGAACCAUCGCCAUAGUCCUGGUGCUGCUGGGUCUCUUCAUGGUGUUCAAGUACUGCAACCGCAACCGCCAUGCCAACACAGACAUGGAGCUGCAGGGGAGGAAACUGCAGGAAACCAGAGAGCUACAGGCCAGGGUCCUACAGGAGAGAGAGUUGCAGGCCAACAUCCUACAGGAGAAAGCACUGAAGGCCAGUGAGGAGUGUAAGGACCCUACAGUGUGGUGAUGGGUCAGGGGUCAGGGGCGUGUCCCCUCCCUACCUCUGCUGACUGGUGUGGGGAGGUGUUCUGUCUGGACGGACUGGUCUCUGACUGGAGGGGCUGGCCAGUCCAGGACCACUGUUUGGGAGGGACUAAUGCAUUCUUUUGGUCGGUGUCCUGCUUUUUUCUACACUCCACUCAUCCCUCCCUCAAUAUGAGCCUUGCAGACUGAAUUAGCUAUUGUAGUUGAACUUACCCCGAGUAUUAGUGAUCUCUUUACAUUCCACUAGUUUUAAUGUCAGGUACUGUUUUAUGCACUUAAUGUUUUUUACAGACAACUAUGUGAUAGGGUUGGGCGGUAUCCAGAUUUCCAUAUCUUCGUACCGUGCCUGUGCCAUCCCAGGAUAUACUGUAUUACCCUAUUACCGGUAGUGCACACAAUGUAAAAAAAGCCCCAAAAACAUCACUUACCAGAAUGCUAACAAAAUGCUAAAAAGUACUAAGGAAUCCCCAUAGCGAAUGCUAGGUAAAUGCUAACGAACGCAUUUAAACAUUUACUACUAAGACAGACAACCCAGCUCCUAAAGUUAUGCAAGUAUCUCAAAACGCAGUUUGCAGCACGCACAAAACAAAUAUUAGACAGCAGGGAUCUUAUUCCAGGAGGGAAUAGUCUCUGCUGCUGUUACCAAGAAGGUUGAUCUUGCAAGCUAAGGUUAGCCACUUAGUUGGCAUUAGCAAGUUAGCAGAACCCAGCUGGAGAUAACUUAUUUGGCACAUCUUAGAUAGUUAAUUUAAUAGUUAUAAGAUGUAUAGCUGGCAAACAUAGCUGUAACUUCAUCACCUCACUUAAAUUGCGCUGCAGGAGUGACUCACCUCACGAAGCUCCCAUUUUGCUCAUUGUGCUUCUUUGUAAACAAACACACUUGACUGGCUCAAACAGCUGUUUUCAAAUCAAAUCAAAUUUUAUUGGUCA